CUGCCCCUUCCUUGCCAGUCACCUGACCCUGGCCAUCCCCAUCAUCGCCGCCGUCCUCUUCUUCUUUGUCAUCAGCUGCCUGCUCCAGACGAGCUUCAGGGACCCAGGGAUCCUGCCCAGAGCCACCCCCAGCGAGGCUGCAGACCUGGAGAGGCGCAUUGACAGCAUGGGCAGCUCCACGUACCGUCCCCCAGCCCGCACCAUGGAGGUGGUGAUCAACAAGUACGUGGUGAAGCUCAAGUACUGCUACACCUGCAAGAUGUUCCGGCCGCCGCGCACCUCGCACUGCAGCGUCUGCGACAACUGCGUGGAGAGGUUCGAUCACCACUGCCCCUGGGUGGGCAACUGCGUGGGCAAGCGCAACUACCGCUACUUCUACGCCUUCAUCCUGUCCCUGUCCUUCCUCACCGCCUUCAUCUUCGCCUGCGUCGUCACCCACCUCACCCUGCGCUCUCAGAGGGAUGGGUUCCUGGCCACUCUGAAGACAACCCCUGCGAGUGUGCUGGAGCUGGUGAUUUGUUUUUUCUCAGUCUGGUCCAUUUUGGGCCUCUCAGGUUUUCACACUUACUUGGUCGCCUCCAACCUGACGACGAACGAAGAUAUCAAGGGCUCCUGGUCAAACAAGAGGGGCUCGGAGUUUGCCAAUCCCUACAGCCAUAAAAGCAUCCUCACAAACUGCUGUGCAGUGCUGUGUGGACCCUUCUACCCCAGUUUGAUAGACAGAAGAGGAUUUGUCCAGCCAGAUGUCGGGACCCCGUCCAGUCCCAAGAGUGAGAUCCCUUCCCUUGGAGCCAAAAGUGACACCAGCAUGGUAGGAGGCAUUCCCUAGCAGUGCUGUGAUGUGUCCAGUGCCUGCUGUGCCUGCACCUUGCUCCAGCCAGUUCCCUCCCCUGCCUCAUGCCCGGCCUCAGGCGGGCAGCCCUGGCACCCAGAGCUGCCAAAGACUCGAGCCAUGCGUUGCCUUCUUUUUUUACAUUUAUUUAUUACUUUUUGUUCAUUUGUUUCACUGUGAGGUGGCCUGUCAGGGGUGUUGCCUGACAGAGCCCAACAGCUUGUGGGACCCUUGGACUCGUGCUGGAACAGGGGGUCCCCAGGAGCCCCCAGACCCUGAGCUCCAGGGAAUUGCUGUGAUUCCUGCUGGGAAUGAGAUGGGCCAAGGCUGGGAGGUGGCACAGGCAGAUGGUUCCCGCGCGGGGCUGGGCUGGAGGAGGUGUCACCUCCCUGGUGCCCCUGUGAGCUCCAUCAACACUCCCUGUUCCCACCUGGAAGGGCUCCUGUGGCUCCCUGGAGGCAGGUGAGGAUGUCCUGGGUGCUCCCUGCUGCUCCUGUGCUGCCUGGGGCUGUGCUUUGGCCCUGCCAGUUGGUCAGACACGUUUUGCAGCAAGGACACGAGGCAGGGGACCCUCAUCUAGCAGGGAAGAAGAAACACUCUGUGCUCUGUGACUCUCAGGAGAUGCACAAGGCUGCAGGGGUCAGGUCUGGGAGCUGGAGCUCCCCAGGGUUGUGUCCUGUGGGUGGGAGACCAAAGGGCAGCAGAAAAGUGUGUGAAUUGCUGAGGGUCCUGAAUUCCUGAACUGCACCUGAGGUUUCACGAGGAAGCAGUGCGGGGUGCUGGUCUCUGAUAAGCUCAUGUGUGCUCUUGGUUUGGGUUUCUGAGCAGCAGAGUGUCCCCAGGGCUGUCCCCAGUGCCCUGGGGGCCGUUCCAGCUGCUCAUCCCCGAGCACCCUCUGCACCCAGGCAGCCAGCUCCGUGUCCCUGGGCUGAGGGCAGAGUCACAAACCUUGUAGCAAUACUUGAAUCGUGUUACUCAAAGCUGCUGGAUAUUUUUGCACAAUUUGUAGGACAUUUUUCUACGUAGAACAUUUUCUGUGCUGUGCAGGGAGCGCUGUGCACGCUGGCACCGGGGCAGAGGCUCACAGUGCCGUGCUGCCUGUCAGGUUUCCUUGGAUCAGACAGACCAGUCUCACCCUCGGGCAGGGGCAGCACAUUCUGGGGGGCAGCCCAGCCCCCUGAGCUCACCAGCGUCGUGCUCUGUACUCUGCAAGUGCCUGUGCCAGGGGGAUGGCAGAGGAGCAGUGAGGAGGGGGUACCAGGGGCCAGGCUCCUUCCUGUUUUUAUUUAAACCAGUUUCCUUUGUUACUCAAUAAAACUUUAUUUUGAAAGAGUUAA